CCAAAAUAAGCCAGUGGGAGAGGGACCGGCGGAGUGUAAGCCAGAGAAAUUGGAGCAGAGAGGUGCACAGCCCGCAGUUAUAAGUCUCUGAAGUGGGACCCACAGCCUUCAGCUCCAAAUACACUGCCUUGCUGCUCCCCUGCCUGACCUGACUGACUGACACACUGAGUUUCCCUCCACUCCCUCUCCCUCUAUGUCCUGCUCCUUCCCUCCUACUUUCCACCCUGGAGAGUGAGAGUGCACACAUUGGGAAGGUGCCCCUCAGACCUGCGCCUGGACCGCUUGAAGACAGCAAAGAGAGGAUUUCUCCCCCUUCCUUUACUUUCAUCCUCUCUUUAGAUUUCACCAUCUCUGGUUGGACUUUGUCUUGGAUUUGACUUGCCAGACACAGAAAAAAACUUUAAGAACAGAAUUAUUUCAUCUGCAGCAAAGUCUAAGUUUUGAGUUUUAUUUUUGGUUGUUUUCUUCUACUUUUUUUGAGUUAACUUUCUGCACUUGCAAGAGCAUCAGACCAGUUUAGAAUACAGCCGUUUGUCCUGGAGGACCCCUCUCCGUAUUUUUGACUGCAUGUUCACUGAACAUCUGAUACUGCCACAUCUCAUGGGAGACUCGCGUGGCUGAAGCAAGGUGGGUGGCAGAAGAGAGAGACCGACCUGAAGAGCACACCUGCAACUCCCCUAGCCUGCCUGCCCUACAACACCGCAACAGAGGGAGAGAUCUUUUUGUGUAUGAGAAGCCUGGAAUGCUAGUUACCAUGCUGUUGGCUCCUGUCUGUGUCCUGCUAAUGCUUGGGGGCCGUGCUCUUGGUGGAGGUUACCCCCCCAUACCCCACAUGAAGUACAUGCAGCCUAUGAUGAAAGGACCUGUUGGACCUCCUUUUCGAGAGGGGAAAGGACAUUAUGUUGAUAUGCCACCUAUGAUGAAGGGAGAACCUGGUCCUCAAGGGAAACCUGGACCAAGGGGUCCUCCUGGGCCACCAGGACUACCAGGAAAACCUGGACUGGGGAAACCAGGUCUCAAUGGACAACCAGGUCCUCAGGGGCCUCCAGGAUUUACUGGAAUUGGUAAACCUGGACUUCCAGGUCUACCAGGAAAGAUUGGGCCAAAUGGAAUGCCAGGACUUAAUGGUGAAGUUGGACCUCGUGGUGAACCAGGUCCCCGUGGACUUCCUGGGCCCCCUGGUGUCCCCGGCCCAGCUGGUUUAUCUCUGAAUGGAAAGCCUGGGCUCCCAGGUAUCAGAGGACCCCCUGGAGCUCGUGGUGAGCCAGGAUUAAAAGGCACUGCUGGACCACCAGGUGAACGUGGACUUAGGGGGGAAAAUGGCAAUGGUAACCCAGGAACUCCAGGUAUCAGGGGCCCUCCAGGUCUAAAAGGCAGUACAGGACCACCUGGAUUUCCUGGUAUUGGCAAACCAGGGCUAAAAGGUUCACCGGGACCACCUGGACUUAAAGGUGACGAAGGACUUCCAGGGAAUAAAGGAGAACCAGGGCUGCCUGGGCCACCAGGCCUUCAAGGUCUUCCAGGCCCAGCUGGGUUGGGGAAGCCUGGUCUUGAUGGGCUCCCAGGAACACCAGGUCCAGUGGGCCCUAAAGGUGAACAAGGAACUCGGGGAAGUCCUGGAAAUCCUGGCCUACCUGGUUACGGAAAACCUGGUCUAAAUGGUCCAAAGGGGGAGAAGGGUCACAGUGGAUAUCCAGGUCUCCAAGGGGACAAAGGGGAACAAGGAAUGGUUGGUCCAAUUGGGGUGCCAGGUCUUGACGGACAACCAGGGCCACCAGGCAUUCAGGGUCCAAUGGGGCUUCCAGGAAAACAUGGAAUUCCAGGGCCGAAGGGAGAAUUAGGACCCAAGGGACCCCCAGGUCUGCCUGGACUCAAAGGGGACCAAGGUUCCAGUGGUUUACCUGGGAGACCUGGUGUCCCAGGAGAAAAGGGUAUCCCUGGUCCUCAUGGUUCUAUUGGUAAACCAGGCCCUAAAGGUGAGCGAGGGCAAAAUGGUCCACCUGGGAAUCCAGGGUUGACAGGUUCUCCAGGGCCCAAAGGGGAGUCCGGCUUUAUGGGGAUUCCAGGCCCCAGGGGCCAGUCAGGAAUUCCUGGUCUCCAAGGGCCUAUGGGUCCUAUGGGGCCACAGGGUGUCCCUGGACCAAGGGGUGAUGCGGGACUACCAGGGCCUCCAGGGAUAGGCAAACUGGGGGAAAAGGGAGCAAUAGGUCCACAAGGCCCACCAGGAAAUCCAGGGCCUGCUGGGCUUAAUGGUAACCCUGGUCCGCCUGGUCCUCCUGGGCCUCCUGGCCCUCCUGGAAAUGGCCACACUCUUGCUUCGGGGACCACUGAUGCAGGACUGGGUGGGGAGGAAGUGCCAGGGGACAGAAAAGGUCCUGCAUACACUCAAGUUCUGUCUGCCUCACUAGCACCAGCUUUCACAGCCGUUCUUACCACGCCAUUCCCACCUUCUGGUAUGCCAAUCAAAUUUGAUAGGACGCUGUAUAAUGGUCAAAAUGCCUACAGCCCUGCAACUGGCAUCUUCACGGCUCCUUUAUCUGGCGUCUACUACUUUGCGUACCACAUGCACGUAAAGGGAACUAGCCUCUGGGUGGCUUUGUACAAGAACAAUGUACCAGCCACUUACACCUAUGAUGAAUACAAGAAAGGCUACAUGGACCAAGCAUCUGGCAGCGCAGUACUAGAGCUGAAGGAAGGUGAUGAGGUCUGGGUUCAAAUGCCUUCGGAUCAAGCAAAUGGCCUUUACUCUACCGAGUACAUUCACUCUUCAUUUUCAGGAUUCUUGCUUUGUCCCACAUAACCUUUCCCUUAUAAAAUGUUCCUGAAAUUGUGCCUCAGAUCAGCCCUAUACCCGAGAUACCUGCAGCCAUAGUUGAAACACCCCCCAUAACAUUUUGAGAAUACUACCAUGACCUUAUCUCUCUUACCCUCAGCAGUCUCAGUUUGAAAAAAAAAAAUUGUGAAUUAUGUUUAAAGAUUUGAAAGGCAGGGGAAGCAUUGUCAUAUUGUGUUCUUAUAUUUCAAUGUUCAUCAAAUGUUCGUCUUGGGUUGUAUUUUGUGAUGUUUUUUAGGCUAUAUUAUUUUAAUUAUUAUAUUGUCAUAUUUCGUUAUCAUUAUUUGAACCUCCUCAUCAAUGUCGCUUUUGUUUGUUGGAUUCAGACUUGUAAGUGCCUUACAUGGUAACAUGCGAGUAACAGACCUUCCCGUGUGACUGCACAUACUGUCAGACAAUAAGGUCACCAAAACUCGGGGAAGGAGGGGGAUACGUUUCAGACACCGGUCACUUCUGUGUGUGUAAUUAAAAUAAAGAAUUGGAAAACCUGCACUUAGAGUAACACUUCAACAACAGAACUGUUGACAGCUAGUUAUGUAAAAAGAAAUCAGGGCAUCUGGUCCUGUGAUACCUUUGAUUUGGUCCGUUUUAAUUUGCAACCCAACUUCUAGAGAGAGAUUUAUAAUUUAUUACUUGAUGGUAUACGAGCCUACUAGGUGCAUCUUUUGUGUCUAUGUUUUUUUCUUAUUGUUCAAGACAAAUUAGGAGUUGAUAGAUAGAGUAUAUUUUAACAUGCAGUAGAGUGGAUGCCAAAAUUAUCCUCAAAUGGGCAGUAAAGACUGCGUUCUGGCAAAUUAACUUGGUAUAGCAGUCUUAUUGAGUGAUGUAUAUUUUUCCUUUUGCACUGGGUGGCAUAUUGCACCAGAGGCUUGCUUUUCAAAUGCUCCAUAUUUCAUAAAUCUGCUUCAAUAUGGUAUUCUGUGAACAAAUAAUUCUAUAUCUCUUCCUAGUUGGAAAAAUACCAUUCUAAUUAUAAGAGAAAAAUCUGUGAAACUGCCUAAAGCUUGAUUGUAUUUUAGAAAUAGAGAACCUCAUUAAUAACAAUGAAAUAAAAGUUCCUACCUUUUUUCCCAAAUAUUUUUUAGACACAGACAUUCCGUUUUUGAGCCUAGCUUCUUUCUUUGAAAGCAGAGUUAUAUCCCAAUAUACAUCUAACACAGUAUUUGGCACUUCUGGUAAAGAUAUAUCAAAAGUCUUGGAUACAUUCACUUCUUAUGUGUUUUUUUUAGAACAUCUAUUAUUUAAGUUAAUCAAGUUUAUUUGGUAAAGAUUCUUUAUACUUUUGAAAUUGCCCAUUAGUAGAUAGGAAAGCUUCUUUUUACAGGGUGGGAGGUUUCAGAUGGUUUUACCUAACAGUGGGAGUUACAUGUUUUUGCCACAUAUUCAUAUUUUGUCUAAAGCCAAGCACCUAGUGGAGGUAUCAUCU